AUGGCAGAAAAUGCUUCAGUGAAAGAUGAUACCAAAGAUCAAAACCCUUCGCCUUUGGAGAUCGAGGAGGAGUUGUCAAGAGAGGUUCAAGACACACUCACUCUUUCACAAAGGCACAAAUUUUGGGAAACACAACCCGUUGGGCAGUUUAAGGAUCUAAAUGAUACAAGCUUACCCGGAGGCCCUAUUGAACCUCCAACCCCGAUCUCUGAAGUCAAACAAGAGCCCUAUAACCUUCCAAAUCUCUAUGACUGGGUCACCUGUGAUAUCAACUCUGAAGACACAUGUGCUGAGGUUUAUAACCUCCUCUCAAACAAUUAUGUGGAAGAUGAUGAAAACAUGUUCAUGCUUAAUUACUCUAAAGAGUUUCUGUGGUGGGCCCUACACCCUCCUGGCUACUACAAAACAUGGCACAUUGGGGUUCGCGUCAAAAGUUCAAAAAGGCUUGUUGCUUUCAUAAGAAACUCAAGAAUCCGGGUUCGUGCAGAUGUUGUUAGCAAGGCAGAGGUUAACUUCUUGUGUGUUCAUAAGAAACUCAGGUCAAAAGAUUGCUCCCUGUCAUGA